UCUCAAUUGAUGUGAAUUUUGCUAAUAUUGUAGGAAAUUAUUAAAAAUAAUAUUGUGAACGGAUUUAAUAGGCUUUUGAAAGUCAGUGUUUGUCCGACCGGUGUUUGCGAUGGCUAUCGACGACAACCCCAGCGAUGGUGUCUAUUAUGCGUCGGAAGAGUACCGCUCGACGGCUCACAUCUCGUCCAUCGAUGAGUACACAAAACUAUACCUGAAGUCAGUCUCAGAUCCCGAAGGCUUUUGGAUGGAAAUCGCGAAUCACUUCUUCUGGAAGCGAUGGCCACAAGAAGUAGAGGUCGUGUCCUAUAAUUUCGAUGUGACUAAAGGACCCGUUUGUGUGAAAUGGUUAGAUGGAUGUCAAACCAAUAUGUCUUACAAUGUCUUGGAUUUGUGCGUCAAUAAAGGACUCGGAAAUCGUGUCGCCUAUUAUUGGGAAUCCAAUGAUGAUAAAUCACACAAACAAAUCACUUACAAUGAAUUACUGCGCGAUGUCUGCAAAUUUGCAAAUGUGUUGAAAGGGUUGGGCAUUAAAAGGGGUGAUAGAGUGGCCGUAUAUAUGUCGGUGACCAUAGAGUUGGUCACUGUUAUGCUGGCCUGCGCUCGCAUCGGCGCCAUUCACUCUGUCAUUUCAGUGUUUGUCCGACCGGUGUUUGCGAUGGCUAUCGACGACAACCCCAGCGAUGGUGUCUAUUAUGCGUCGGAAGAGUACCGCUCGACGGCUCACAUCUCGUCCAUCGAUGAGUACACAAAACUAUACCAGAAGUCAGUCUCAGAUCCCGAAGGCUUUUGGAUGGAAAUCGCGAAUCACUUCUUCUGGAAGCGAUGGCCACAAGAAGUAGAGGUCGUGUCCUAUAAUUUCGAUGUGACUAAAGGACCCGUUUGUGUCAAAUGGUUAGAUGGAUGUCAAACCAAUAUGUCUUACAAUGUCUUGGAUUUGUGCGUCAAUAAAGGACUCGGAGAUCGUGUCGCCUAUUAUUGGGAAUCCAAUGAUGAUAAAUCACACAAACAAAUCACUUACAAUGAAUUACUGCGCGAUGUCUGCAAAUUUGCAAAUGUGUUGAAAGGGUUGGGCAUUAAAAGGGGUGAUAGAGUGGCCGUAUAUAUGUCGGUGACCAUAGAGUUGGUCACUGUUAUGCUGGCCUGCGCUCGCAUCGGCGCCAUUCACUCUGUCAUUAUACGAGGCACAUACGGACCUAUUGGGUCUCAGACAAUGACUCUAAAGUCUAAGGUAGAAGGUCUAAGAUAUGAGGGAAUUUAA